GGGAUGUUAAGUUACUGUUACUCGGAUCCGCCAGCGCGGGACCGAGAUAGUAGAAUUCCAGCAUUGACAUAGACAUAUAUCUGUGUCACUGUCUGUUUGGUUAAAAGUGUCCGACAACCCCGACUGACCUCCGGAGACCCCUCAUCAGUUUGUUUUACGGUACAUGUUUCGUUUGAAUAACAAUACUCCGAAUUGUUCGUCUUUCAACAAACCAUAGGUGAAUAUCGAGACGAGGAAUCAUUCCCUAGUUCGACGGCCAUUACUCAUGCCUGAAAACAAGCCUGAGGUCUGUGCCACCAGGUACCUCCUCAGCGUGCUCAUUGCAUGAUGGUAAUUAUCUCGGAUGGAUGUGGAGACCGCGAAGAGCGGCCAGUUUGCUUCAACCACCAAAAACGAGGUUUUGCCUGGCACAACUCCUUCGCAGUCAACGAGCAUAUCCUCAGGAGUGUUGCUCGGCGAGGCACCCGGCAGGUUUUGUUCUACCAGCACUGCUUUUUAGGAUGCGAAGCAACUGAUAUCGGACACAGGUGUUCUCAAGUAACUCCGGCGACCCUAACUGGCCAUUCGGGAGCCUGCAUCAGCAAGAUAUGCGAACAGGUUUGCCAAGAUCGGCGUUGUCCAAAUCCCGGAGUGUUGGAAUCAAGCCAGACCAACAUAUCGGAUAUUGGGGGAACAGUUAUAGUGAAGGCAGGUCCUGAAGCAUUGGGUAUCUCCGUGACUAAAGUAAAAUCGGCACCAGUUGCCAUCUGGGCUGUCUAUGGUCAAAAGACCUGGAGCUUUGUCAGCCAUGGCCGCCACAUGGCGUUGGUGGAGGAUGCAGGCCAAAGCGUCGUUUGGUAGGUGCCCCUUGAAACCUAGAACCGCCACAUGUCCCCUGGAAUAUCAAAGAACCAAAUUCAGACCAAAGUAAGAAUUAUGUCAGGGACGGAAGGCAAUAUGGAUAUCGCGGCCGAGUGGUGGUGUUGAAGUUGCAGAAUCCCCAAACGGGCAUGCCCUCCACCAGUUGCCGGGCCGGUGGAUCCCUGCGUGCCUGGGCUGGUCGGGCCCACAGCCUCCCUGUGGCGCGGGGCUGCUGGGUGCGAACCACUCUCGCCGCUCGAGUCACUGCGGUUCGACGGCCGCCCAUCGCCUUCCGCGCCGACCAGGAAGCCACCUCUUUAAAUCCCCGCCUUACCGUCUCGCUGCAACCAUCCAGGACAAACCAACAACCUUUGUCUUUGCAUCCACUUCUUUCUGGAAGUUUUUUUUACAGCAGACAUCACCUUCCACCACAGCAAACAAACAUCUCGCCAGCUUGAUAACACUCAGCUCGCCUUCUCAACAACUCAUCCAUCUUCUCGUCCCCAACCACAAAAACAACCCACAUAAACCGUCAAGAUGUCUGCCUGGGAUACCGAUACAGUCAAGAUUGGAAAGAAUGUCCGCAGCGGCGCCGGCGGACCCCGUGAGACUGUUGUCCGCGGUCAAUCAGCCCUCAACGCUGCUCGCCGUAGCGGUGCCGCCAUCGCGACCGAGAAGAAGUUCGGGGCUGGCAACGCUGCCUCCAAGCCCGGUGUAGAAGGCCAGCGCCUCACCAUGGUCGACCGCGCCGACGAUAUCGUCAAGCCCAAGACCGUCGGCAAGGAAGUCGGCCAGGCUAUCCAAAAAGCCCGCUCCGAAUUCGCCAACCCCAACGGCACCAAGGGCAUGACCCAGAAGGAUCUCGCCACCAAGUGCAACACCACCCCCACCAUCGUCGCCUCCUUCGAGCGCGGUGACGCCACCCCAGACCAGAAGGUCCUUUCUAAUAUGGAGCGCGUCCUCAACGUCAAACUCAGAGGGAGCGAUAUCGGCAAGCCAAAGUUUGAGAAGAAGGAGAAGAAGUGAAGGGACUCAUGUCCGGAUAACUUUACUUCUAGAGGGUCCUGCCUCGAUGGGUCGGGACUGGGCGGGAUAUAAACGCCGAGUCCUGGGAUAACAUGGGGCAUGGAAGGGAGGAUAAUGAACCAUCCUCAUUUUCACCGGCUAGCUUGCUGGUUGGGUUAGAGAUGAUGAUUUCAAGACAUAUGGGUGGGGUUUUGCAGAGCGAUAGAUGAGCUUCAUGAGAUUCCUUUUUAGCGUUUUGGGUUUUUCAUACGGGCUGUUUAUCAGCGAGGACACUGGGCGGGGUUGCAUUCUGUGUGUUUCUCUUUUGAAGAGGGGGAAAAUGGCGGCGUUUGCAAGUCGAGAAGGCGAAAUCUUUUCGUGUAUUGUAAAGAAUCAUUCUGCGAUGAAUAGACAGACAGAUGCCUUUACAAAGGGCAAAAUAGAACCCUUUUUGUCUUCGUAUGUUUAAUGAGUAUCCAUCACGAA